AUGAUGUUUGUCGAAAUGGAGAUAAGCUACUAUCGUCCGUUUGCUCGACCAGAACAAGCUCAGCAUCUACAUCAAGCGCAUGGAUAUGGGCUACAAGCCCUUGAAAAGGCCCAGCUAUUAAGAGAUGUCACCAAGGUGGCUGAGAUAAAGCUCAUGCUGGCCUGCGUGAAAGCGCGAGAAGUCAAACUUGAUUAUAUCAUGGAAGUCGAUGAUCGGAUACUUUCCAGAAAACGUGAAUUGAUAAUGAAGGAGAUCAAGGUAGCGAUGAAUAAUGUACGGACUAUGAAUCCGUCAAAUAUAAAUGAGUUCGAGCAAUGGGGGAAGCGAGCGUUUAUGUCUUUAGAAAAAUUAAAUCUAGUUAGUUUGAGCGAGUAA